AUGGCCGGGGAACAAGUGGAGAGCCACGGCUCUGGCUCUGGCUAUGCCCACACCUACGCCACCCUCCCCCACAUCGCCCUCGCCAUCCUCACCUACUGGAUCGCCGCCACCGCCUACAGCCUGCUCACCGCGCCCGCCAUCCCCAUCAGCAUACCAUGGAUGGGCUACGGCAAGGGAUGGAUCGCAGCCCUGCGCAACUACCUGGCCGUCAGCCAGAGCAAAGGAUGGAUGCUGGCCGGCUACGACAAGUACAGCCGCCGCGGCGACGCCUUCGUCCUGCCCCCCACCCUCGGCAUGUACCCCGAGGUUGUCGUGCCGCGCAGCAUCAUGCAGUGGAUGUUCGACCAGCCAGACAAUGUCCUCAGCGUCAGUGCUGCCCACUACGACAUCCUGCAGGGCAGCUACUGCUUCGUCAAGCCCAUCAUCCUCAAGGACCCCUACCACGAACACGUCGUCCACCGAAACCUCCUGCGCAACCUGAAUUUCAUCCUCCCAGAAAUUGCACAGGAAGUCCCCAGUGCCGUCACCAACAUCUACGGAACCGACACCGAGCAAUGGAAAACCAUCAACGUCAUGGACUCGUUCAUGGAGAUGAUUCCCGGCAUCACCAACCGCAUGCUGGUCGGCCCAGCUCUGUGCCACAAACGCAAGUACCUCGAUGCCGUCACGGGCUUUACCACCGACGUCGUCCGCGGGCAAGCCUUCAUGCUUAUCGUCCCCAAGGCACUGCACCCCAUUGUUGGCACCCUGAUCAGCCUGCCGGGCAAAUAUCACUACUGGUUGUCAUCUCGUUUCACCUUACCCGUAAUCAAGCAGCGCAUCUCAGACAUCACCAAAAAAGACGCCGGCGACCCAGACUAUAAGGACUGGACAGAGCCCAAGGACUUCUUCACUUGGAUCUAUCGCACCGCACAGGCCGAGGGCCGACACGAUGAGAUGCAGCCAGAACGCAUUGCCAAGCGCAUAUUGCCACUCAACUUUGCAAGCAUCCACACCACUUCGCUCACUGGCUAUGAGGCCAUAGUCGAAAUACUGAAUGCUGGACCAGACGUUGUUCGUCAACUGCGCGAAGAAGUAUAUCGCAUCACGCAAGAAGAAGGCGGCUGCACCAGAGCGGGACUCACCCGCAUGUACCGCCUUGACUCGGCCAUUCGAGAAUCACAGCGCUUGUCACCCAUUGCCCUGACAUUUAACCAUCGCAAGGUCGUGGCAAAAGAGGGCAUAGUCCUCCCAGACGGAACUCAUAUCAAACAAGGAACCAUUAUCUCAUGUCCCUGGAUGUCAAUGGCUAGCGACACGGAAAUUUACGACAAACCUGGCGAGUACGACCCAUUUCGCUACUCGAGACCAAGGGAGGCCUACGAGGCCAUGACUCCAGAGGAGAAAGCAAAGGUAAAUUCACUAAAGCUGAAGCAGGGUGGUAUGGUGACCACCAGUAUCCAACAUCUGGCUUUUGGUCAUGGCAGACAUGCCUGUCCUGGCCGCUUCUUCGUCUCGCAUGAGCUCAAGAUGAUAUUGUCCUAUAUGCUACUGAAUUACGACUUCAAGCCAUUGAGUGAGAAGCCGAAGAAAAUAUGGGUCAUCCGACACCUGAUUCCGCUUCCAGCAAAAAUUGAAGUACGGCGUCGCAAGAGUCCAUGGACACCUGCAGAUGGCUGAUGAGCGACACAAAGAGCAUGUACAUAGGUCUCUUUUUCU